AGCGUCACGUAAUGGGUGCUGAUGGAGGAGGGGGUGGAGGUGGAGGCUGGUCCUGUCUCUCUCUGAGCUCCAGCAGCAGCAGCAGCAGCCCUCGGCAGCUUCCUGCCCCGCUGCUGUCCCCCUGAAACGGCUCGUCUUCAUCACUGAUCAUGCGCCUCGCUCUCCGGCUGUCUGUGGCUCUGCAGCAGGAAGUCAGCGUCGUUUUCCUCCCCCUGCACUUCUUCUCUUCCCCUUCGUCCUGACAGCCCCGUCUCACAGCCCGCACUCUCUCCGGCGGCUCUCGCUUCUCUGGAGCGGAGCGGCUGGCUCUGUGAGGCCGGAGACCCGGCGGCGAACACCGGCAGAGACGGUCAUGGAGGCCGUGGUGGAGGAGAAGGAGCCGUCGCCGAUGGACGAGCCCCUACCUCUGCCCACCCUGAGCCCGGCCGUGCCUCCUUACGUCACCCUGGGCCUGACGGUGGUCUACACCGUCUUCUACUCCCUCCUCUUCAUCUUCAUCUACGUCCAGCUCUGGCUGGUCCUGCGGUACCGACACAAGCGCUUCAGCUACCAGACCGUGUUCCUGUUCCUGUGCCUGCUGUGGUCGGCCCUGCGCACCGUGCUCUUCUCCUUCUACUUCAAGAACUUUGUCACGGCCAACACUCUGGGGCCCUUUCCCUUCUGGCUGCUCUACUGCUUCCCUGUCUGCCUCCAGUUCUUCACACUCAGCCUCAUGAACCUGUACUUUGCACAGGUGGUUUUCAAGGCAAAGUCGAAAUACGCACCAGAGCUUUUACGAUACAGGCUGCCUAUGUACCUGCUCUUCCUGUUCAUCAGCCUGGUGUUUUUAGUCGUGAACUUGGUGUGUGCCCUGCUGGUGAGGAUGUCCUCCGCUGAGGCCCACACCAUAGUGCUGGUGAGGGUCACCAUCAACGACACGCUCUUCGUCCUGUGCGCUGUCUCGCUCUCCCUGUGUCUUUACAAGAUCGCUAAGAUGUCGCUGGCCAACAUUUACCUGGAAUCCAAGGGGACGUCGGUGUGCCAGGUGACGGUUAUCGGCGCCAUCGUCAUCCUCCUGUACUCGUCCAGGGCCUGCUACAACCUGGUCGUCCUGGGACUCUCCAACAAGAGCAUUAACUCCUUUGACUACGACUGGUACAACGUUUCAGACCAGGCAGAUUUACAGUCGACUCUGGGCGACGCCGGCUACAUCGUCUUCGGAGUGAUCUUGUUCGUGUGGGAGCUGCUCCCCACUUCCCUCGUGGUUUUCUUCUUCAGAGUCCGGCAGCCUAACAUAGACAGGAGCGUCUCUGGGCUUCCUGGUCACGUCUUCUCCUCCAGGGCUUACUUCUUCGACAACCCACGCCGUUACGACAGCGACGACGACCUAGCGUGGAGCGUCAUGCCUCAGAACAUCCAAGCCAGCCUGGCUGCUGACAGCUACGAGUGGGGGAGCCAGAGCAGCGGCAUCGGUGCCUACAUCGGAGGAGACGACAGUUACCACCUGCCUCCUCCUCCAGAGGAGCUCAACCAUUACUGACAGGAGCUCACGCUGACUCCUGCUCCUUUCGUUUUUUAUUUGUAUAUUUUUGCACAGUCUCUCUUACUGAUCGAGGCACAUGUGGCUUGAAAGUCGCCCUCAACUUCACACAUUGUUUUUUCUAUUUUGUCUAGAGAAGAACUAACAGACUGUGCCAUUAUAUGAAGGUCCACUGACGGGACGUUAAUUUUGCACACUCCUUGUACAAAGAUCUAAUUUUGACUGCUCUUAAACGUUUUUUCAUUGUAUAGUUUAUAUUGAAUACUGCAUAAUAUAUUUCCUGACCUUUGUAAUAUGUACUGUAUUACUAUUUUAAUGUCUAUGAACAUGUUCUUUUUCGUACAGAUUGUUUAUAUAGAGGAGAUAUUCAUUUAAUUCAUAUUAAAAAUGUUUAAAUGCUGUGAAAAA